CUCAGCUGCCAGGUUCAGUGCCAUGGCUGAACUAGCUUCCCCAUAAAUACCAGUUGGGCAGCGUCAAGAAGUUAGACUCAAAGAAACAGACGACAGAAUGGAGAAACUGGUUUUCCUCAUCACACUGAUGGUGUGCUGUUCAGAAGGGAGAGAAGAUUUGUUUGAGGGCAUGUUCACCUUUCCUGGGGAGACCAACACCACUCAUGUGACAGUCAACCCUGAAUCCACACAGACUUCCAUCAACAUGACGACUGUGUGUCUGCGCUUCUUCACCGAUGCAUGUAGAGGUUCCAGCCUCUUCUCUCUCGCCAGCCCAGCGCAAGACAACAGCCUGGUGUUGUGGAGAGACGAGCAUGAUGUUUACCAUGUGUAUGUGAAUGAUAGUUGUGUAACUUUCCCUGGUUUGAAUGGCGUGCUGAAUCAGUGGAACUCUCUCUGUGCCACUUGGGAGACCACCACAGGACUGGCCCAGGUGUGGCUGAACAGCAAGCCCAGCCCCAGGAAGUCAGUCAGCCCUGGGUAUUCUAUCAGAGGGAUUCCCAGUAUCAUUCUGGGUCAGGAACAGGACUCUUACGGUGGCAGUUUUGAGGCGGCACAAUCUUUUGUUGGCUCUCUGACUGAUGUCUACAUGUGGGACUCUGUUCUUUCUCCAAAGGAGAUCCAGUACUACAUGAUUGGAAUUCUAGUGAGGCCUGGGGAUGUGGUGGACUGGAGGCAGAUGGAGUUUACUAGCACUGGUGCUGUAGUUGAGGAGACCAGUGUUUUAGGUUUUGCUCACCGUUGCAAUCAUGGUUUGGAUUAAGGUUUCUAUUGUUGUUGAGAAUAUGAGUCCUUUGUUUGCUUUUGAUUCAAUAAAUGUAUCAAUUCAG